UGUUGUCUGAUGUCCCGAUGACGAUCUAUAUCUCUACAAUGAUCUACUAUCACCCAGACAAAGCAGACUAAAUUAUGGAUUUAUUCUGUUGUUAAUUACUGCCUAUAGCCUAUGCUUGGAAUUAGAUUGCCCAACAUUGUACACAUGACUCGGACGACAGUGAGGAACUCGAGGACAGCUACCAACUGGCUGUGCGUGAUCCACGAGGGAGAAUGGAAGCGGACGAAAACCGUCGGUUACUCAAGGAUGUCUCGGAUGCAGAAGGCAGGGAACACUUGAUUGAAACAGAUCCAGCCAAACUCGGCAACUUUGAUGAAGCCUUGGAGAAAGCAGGUUUUGGAAAGUUUCACGUCUUACUAGUGAUUCUGUGCGGCUGGGCCAACGCCAGCGAUGCUGUGGAGAUCCUGAGUGUAUCCUUCCUGCUACCGGCGGCAGAGAAAGACUUGGACCUGGACAGCUACAAGAAAGGGGUGCUCAGCGCUAUCAUCUUUGUGGGCAUGCUAGUAGGUGGCUACAUAUGGGGAGCGCUGGCUGACAUCAACGGCCGUCGCCGGACGCUGCUGUUGUCCUUGACAACCAACGCCUUCUUUGGCCUCAUGUCCAGUCUCUCCCAGGUCUACUGGCUCUUUCUGCUCAUGCGCUUCUUCAGCGGAGUCGGGGUUGGGGGCUCCAUACCGGUCAUUUUCUCCUACUGUGGGGAGUUUCAACCCAAGGAGAAACGUGGUAUGAUGAUCUCUGUCGUCGCCACGUUCUGGAUGGCCGGUAACAUAGUCGCAGCCGGCUUAGCUCUUCUGGUUAUUCCCUCAGGUGUUGGUUAUGUCAAUCCCGGUGGGUUUAGCUACGACAGCUGGCGUGUCUUUGUCGCUCUCUGCACACUGCCAGCACUCACCUCCGUUGUCACGUUCUUCCUGAUGCCAGAAAGCCCCAAGUUUUUACUAGAGAAUGGUCAGGGUCAGAAAGCACUGGAAGUUUUGAAGACCAUCUAUUCCUGGAAUAAGUGGGACGACAGAGCCAACUACCCACUGAAGACCCUGAUCCCCUCCGAGCGGGCCAGGGUCCUCUCCACCGAUCAUGGGGGCCGGCGGACCUGUAGCGACAGGCUCAACGAGGCUGGCAAAAAUAUCCGGAUAUCCCUCCAGAUGACCGUCCAGCUCUUCAAGAAACCACUGACCUGGGCAACGGUGCCGCUGCUCUUGAUCAUCUGGACCAUCUCAUUCGGGUAUUACGGUAUUUGGAUGUGGAUGCCUCAAUUGUUCCUCCAGUCUGAGAACGGCAAUGGAUCUGUGUGUAGUGUGGAUCCCAACGACGUCAAUUCAACGUCUGCAGCGCCCAAACCUGGCGAUAACACUAUCUACUUGGACUCCUUCUACACGAGCUUGUCCAAUCUUCCUGGCAACUUGGUCGCCAUUUUCCUGAUUGACAUCGUGGGACGAAAGAUUCUGAUGUCUACAAGUUUACUUAUGUCUGGCGUGAUCGUCUUCUUCAUUUGGUUUGUCAAGACACGCCUUGAAGUCCUUAUUGUGUUCUGCUGCUUUGGUGCUGUGUCGGUCGUCACCUGGAAUGUUCUGAACGUACUAGCUGUUGAAAUCUACCCUACUCACAUGAGAUCCACGUCUCUCGGAGUCCAAGGCAUAGUCAAUCGGCUAGCGUCUAUUGUAGGUAAUCUCAUCUUUGGAAUUCUCAUCAAGACUCACUGUACCGUCAACAUUCUGCUCGUAGCGGCUCUACUCGUGUUUGGUGGACUGAUGACUUGUACCCUACCAAGAACAAAGAAGAUGUCCUUACAGUAACCAGGGAAUGGGGUGGGGGGGGGGGGAGUGUUGCGAUGGAUCAAUUCAAUUCACAAUUCCAGUCGUAAGUAUAUCACAAUUCAUGUCACAGGUAACAGUGGAUGAACAAUAACAAGGGAAACCUAUGGUUACUGUUCAUUUGAAUACCCUGUGAGUUGAGUAAUGGGCUUGUGAUGGGCUUAUGAUGGGCUUGUGAUGGGCUUAUGAUGGGCUUGUGAUGGGCUUAUGAUGGGCUUAUGAUGACUUGCGAUCCGUCACAAGGACCUCGACUACAUCAUAGCCGGGAGGCCAAUUCCAAAGGGCUGUGUAGCACAAGUUUGCCUUGCAUGAAUAUAAUUGUGUUUAGCAAGAACAGACUUGUAAUCAAAAAGUAGUACUUGCGAAUUUUUCGGUUGAGUUUUUUUUAGAUUUUUAGGAGCUUGACAAAACAACUCUCAACUGUUUUGUUCUAAUUGAGAAGUUCUUAUUGCUGAAAAGUCUUCCAUUUUACUAAAAUUGGAUUAGAAUUUAGUAUUUGUUAACAUCUCAUCAGUAUUUUUACAAUAUUAUAUAGAUAUUUUAUAUCUACUUGCCUGUAUAUAGCACAUAUCAAUUGUACAGGGGUCAUUCUAUUAUUUGGGGCUACUUGUUUUACUGUCAAUGUUGCAUCUGAUACGACAUUGACAGUAGCCCCAAUACCAUCACGAUUGGCCGUUUAAAGUAGC